CGGCACUCCAAACUUAAACUUUGGCCAUGGCAUUCCGACUCUCAGCCAGUGGGGCGCCGGCCCCGUCAGAGGGCAGUAGCCGGAGCUCCGGCAGCAUGUUCGGCAAGAUGAAGGACCGCGCCGCUGGCGCGGCGGCCGCCGGCAUGGCGGCGGCCUCGCAGGCCGCCACGAAGGCGGCGAAGACGGCCAAGUACGGCGUCGCCGUGGCCCGCGACGCCGCCUUUGGUUCCGGCGAGAAACCUCUUCCGCCGCGUUCGCCGCAGGGCAGUGGUGGUGGCUAUGCGCCGCGCUAUGACGAGGACGACGAGGAGAUGGAAUUGCAGCGCGCCCUCGCGGCUUCCAUGAAGACCGCUGCGCAGGAGCGCACGAGAGGUGCAGAGGCACCGCGCUUCUCGGCAAGCCAGGCAAGCCAGGUGCCUCGAAAUCCUCCUGGUUUGGAGAUGUUGAUGGAGAUGGGCUUCGAGGAAAGCUUGGUGAGGAUCGCCUUACAGGCCAGCGAUGGAGAUGUGGAGGCAGCCCUGGCGCAACUCUGUGCCAACAGGGAAGACCUGGAGGGUGCCGCCAGUGACGGCAGUUCUGUUGGCACCCCAACACACGGCGCAGCGCAGCGGUGCGCCGCAUUGGAGGCUGCAGAGAAGAGGGCUGCCGAGGCCCGAAACAACGCUGGCACUAUGGACGACUGGAGGCAAGAACAGCGCCGCCAGGCUUCAAGGGCUCCGGAGCCACCGCCGUCGGAGCGUCCGGCGCAAGCGCCAGCGCAAGCUCCGCGGCCGCCCGCGAGGGAUGAUGCGGAUCCGGAGGACUGGAUGCUCCAACAAGCCUUGUCAGCGUCGCUGGAAACUCCUCAGAAGACCGAGGCAGAGGCGCAAGAUCCUGAGCUGUUGGAUCUGCAGCUGCGACAGGCCAUGCCUGAAGAGGAGUUGGACCUUCAAAUGGCUCUCAGUGCCAGCCUUCAUGCGCAGGCCCAUGAGGCCGACGAUCCCAGCUGUGCGGGUGCAGCUGUGGGUGAAGAAGCUGAGCAGGAAGAAGAAAGGGCUCGCCUAUCGGCCUCCGCGCAACACCACCUGUCACAGGAGCAAGAGAAGUUGCCAGAGGACGAGGUCAAAAAGGAGGCAGUUGCGGAGGCUCUACCCAGGCCUGCAGCCUCACCAACCAAGGAGGGUGUCAGUGCACCGUCCUAGGCGCAUGGGAUGUCGCUGCGAUCUGUCACCGGCAUGAGAGCACCAGGACCUAUCCCUUGGAUUCCUGUUUUGACAGCUAGCACAGCUGGUCCUUGUGUUCAGUAGAUUUGGGUCUCAACAUGUUGGACAAGCA